UUCAGACAAACACAAAGCCCUUCUCCUUGCUUCUGCUCAACCAGUUUCCCCACCACCGCAAGCCCUGUUUGCUGGAGGGAAGAAGAGUGCCUGAAGAGCACAGGAGGAGUCAAUGAUGGUCCAGACUUCUGGCCAGGCCAGCUCCUCCAGGAGAGGCCAGGCGCGUGCCGCCGCCUCCAGUCAGUGACUCAGCACCUGCGCCCAGAUCAACAGGACUUUUGCCCUCUGUCCGCUCCGGGACUGCACCAGCGCCUGCUGAGAUCCUCCCGAGUCUCCCUGCAGAGCAUGCCCAGAAUGCAGGGAGUGGGCGCUCCCAGGGGCCAGGACCCCGGCAGGGUGGGUCGGCCCUGGGUCAUCCUGCUUACCUACGUGCUGGCCACCCUGGAGCUCACCUGUGUCUUCAUGCAGUUCUCCAUCAUGCCAUACCUGUCCCGAAGACUGGGCCUGGAUUCUGUCGCCUUUGGCUACCAGCAAACGAUUUUUGGGGUGCUGCAGCUGCUGGGUGGGCCCAUGUUUGGCAGGUUCGCGGACCAGCGUGGGGCGCGUGCAGCAUUCACACUGUCCUUCCUGGCGUCCUCCACACUCUUCCUGCUCCUGGCGGCCGCCUGCAGCCCGGCCCUGCCCGGCGUCUUCCUGCUCUUCGCCUCGCGCCUGCCGGCAGCGCUCAUGCAUACGAUGCCAGCCGCGCAGAUGGUCAUCACCGACCUGUCCGCGCCAGAGGAGCGGCCUGCAGCCCUGAGCCGACUAGGCCUCUGCUUCGGAGUCGGAGUCAUCCUCGGCUCCCUGCUGGGCGGGACCCUGAGCACAGCAUGCGGAAUUCAGUGUCCUGCUGUCGUGGCUCUCAUUGCCAAUCUCCUGGGAGCUGUUCUCAGCUUCACCUGUAUCCCCACCAGCACCAAAGGGGCCAGCACUGAUGCCCAGCCUUCCCAGCCAGGUGGCCCCCAAACUGGUGUGUUCGACCUGAAGGCCAUCACACGCCUGCUGCUGCAGCCGGACGUGCUGCCAGUGUUCCUCGUCAAGGUGGUCUCCAACUUCCCCUCAGGGCUCUUCAUGGUCAUGUUCGCCAUCAUCAGCAUGGACUUCUUCCAGCUGGAGGCUGCCCAGGCUGGCUACCUCACGUCCUACUUCGGGGUCCUCCAGAUGGUCACCCAGGGCCUGGUCAUCGGACGGCUAAGCAACCACUUCUCUGAGGAAGCACUGCUCCGGGCCAGUGUGCUGGUCUUCAUCCUGGUGGGACUGGCUAUGGCCCAGAUGUCCAGUGUCUUCCACUUCUGCCUCCUGAUGCCCGGCAUGAUCUUCAGCCUCUGCACCCUCAAUGUAGUCACCGACAGCAUGCUGACUAAAGCCGUGCAGGCCACAGACACGGGAACCAUGCUGGGCCUCUGCGCCUCUGUACAGCCGCUGACCCGCACCCUAGGGCCCACCCUGGGUGGCCUGCUGUACCGCCGCUUCGGCGUCCCCGUCUUCGGCCAUGUGCAGGUCGCCAUCAACUUCCUUGUCCUGCUGCUCCUCUGGAGGAUGCCUGUGACCCAGAAGAGGGACAAAGUCCAGUGA